AUGGGUGCAUUUUUGGAUAAACCAAAAACUGAGAAGCAUAAUGCUCAUGGGGCAGGAAAUGGGCUGCGCUAUGGCCUCAGCAGUAUGCAAGGAUGGAGAGUGGAAAUGGAAGAUGCUCACACAGCUGUUGUAGGAAUUCCUCAUGGUUUAGAGGACUGGUCCUUUUUUGCUGUUUAUGAUGGUCAUGCAGGAUCUCGUGUGGCAAAUUACUGCUCAAACCACUUAUUAGAACACAUCACUAACAAUGAAGACUUCAGGGGAACAGAACAGCCCGGCUCUGCUCUUGAACCUUCAGUGGAAAAUGUAAAGAGUGGAAUCAGAACUGGCUUUUUGAAAAUUGAUGAGUACAUGCGCAAUUUUUCAGACCUCAGAAAUGGCAUGGACAGGAGUGGCUCAACAGCAGUGGGAGUUAUGAUUUCACCUGAGCACAUUUACUUUAUCAACUGUGGAGACUCUCGUGCUGUUCUCUAUAGGAAUGGACAAGUCUGCUUCUCGACACAGGAUCACAAGCCUUGCAAUCCAAGGGAGAAAGAGCGGAUCCAGAAUGCAGGAGGGAGUGUCAUGAUCCAGCGUGUUAAUGGCUCGUUAGCAGUUUCUCGUGCUCUGGGGGACUAUGACUACAAAUGUGUGGAUGGCAAAGGUCCUACAGAACAACUUGUUUCUCCGGAACCUGAGGUUUAUGAAAUUGUAAGAGCAGAAGAAGAUGAGUUUAUUGUCUUGGCUUGUGAUGGAAUCUGGGAUGUAAUGAGCAAUGAGGAGCUCUGUGAAUUUGUUAAGUCUAGGCUUGAAGUAUCGGAUGAUCUGGAAAAAGUGUGCAAUUGGGUAGUGGAUACUUGUUUACACAAGGUAUGCAACUUACUCUUUCUCUCCGAAUAAUUGAAUAAAGUUCUUCUUUCUUUGCAAAAUCAGAAAACUUACUCUAGUAAAAUAGCAUUGAAAGGAUAGUUUCCCAGUAAAGAAUGAGUCAGUGCAAAUUCAUGCAAUUGCAAGCUUGUUAGGAGAUCACCCAGGUAUUGGAUUUAUGAUUUUGAAGGAGGAUUGAUAAAAUCCAACUUCAGUAGUGCAGCUUAGUACAUUUGAAAAUGAUUAUUUUUGACAGUGUUUCUCAGUAUUCAGGAGGUGAAUGCAGAAGGCUUGGAUUGCCAGAAUUGAGCAGUUUUUUCCUUGAGUAUCCUGAAAUGUUUUUAAAUGAACUUUGAUUAUCAAUAUAUUAAAAGGAAUGUCAAUGAAUGGUGCAGCAUUUCUUUUCUACUAAUGGUUGUGCAAAUUAAGGUGGAAAUAGAUAUCAAGGAAUAAAGUAAAAUACAUUCUUAACCACAAUAGGUCACAUGAGAAACAUAUGUUUAGGAACAUAUAGUUACUUAAACAAAAUCUGAGUUAAGAAAUGUAUGUCAAACCAGUAGUAUUUAAGAUUUUUAAAAAUUUACACUGAAUAAUCAGGUGGUCUGAAGUUGUGAAAGAGAGAAGCUAAAUCUCAAAUUUGUACUAUUUUUUUCCUCCCAAAAUAUAGGGAAGUCGUGAUAACAUGAGUAUUGUUCUAGUUUGCUUUUCAAAUGCUCCUAAGGUCUCAGAUGAUGCAGUGAAAAGAGAUGCAGAAUUGGAUAAGCACUUGGAAUCACGGGUGGAAGGUAAGAAAUUGCAUUCUGAAUUAGAAGCUUCCUUUAGUUGGUGACGCACACAAACACACACCCAAGCUCACAGGAGCAACUAAAGAGCUUUCGUCAAAAUUUCGCUGGAGUAUAGCACUAGUACAGCUAAAGAGAAUUUUUGGUCAUAAAUGUACAUCUGAACCACAGGAAUCCGGAGAGUAGCCCAGUGUAAUUGCUGGUAUUUUUGUCUGGGCUUGUACAGAUAGUUCAGCUCCAAAAUUCAGUCUCUUAUUUGAAGAAUAUGCAUUAUCUUGCAAAUCUGCCCGCUGGCCAAUUAUUAGUAGUGCAAGGUGUUAAUGUUUUAAAGCAUGGUACAAUUUCUCCUAUCGUGCCAGCAGAUGCAUUGGGACUUCUUCUCUUCCCACUUCUGCACCUCCCCCCCAUCUUCUUCAGAGAGUCCUCCAAUCCUCAAGCAGAUUUUUAGGGUGAACAGGGGGAGGGGGCUGCCAGAAAGAGGGAGGGAAAGUCCCGUUGCUCUUGGACCAACCCAUUGGGUGCCACUCACAUUGUAAAGUUAGGAAUGUUAGCUCAUCUUUGAUUAAAACAUAAUCUCUUACUAAGCAUAGCAAAUUCUUUUACAGAGCAGACAAAGUGGCUUAUAUUUUUCAGCUACGGGAUAAUAUGGAUUGGUGUAUGUGGCUUGAUAUGCUGAACUGGCAACACCACCAUUCAUAUUUUGUAAUCUCUCCUACAUAAGAAUAGCUGCCUGGAAGGUUAAAAUAUACUCAAAGUCCUGGUGCAUAUUUGGUGUGUGUUUACAAACUUGAGAUUUUACUCAGGAACAUAGUAAGUUGAAUUAUGAAAUAUCUGUGUGCCUAAAUGUUUUUAAAUCAACCUGAAGUUUAAUUGGGAGAUGAGAAAUAGCCAGAAACCUUAGUUUGAUGGUAUAUUUUUGUGGUAGUAUAUGGUACCAAUUUUACUUGAGUACAGGCUAUUUUCAGUAUAAAUUACUUCAGAUGUAAGCCACUUCCCCCUACCCCACCUCCUUUUGAAGUGUUCCUUAUGAAGGUGACAUCCUGUUCAUAGAAGAGGGUGCAAGGAAUGAAGUAUCUUCAAGGGAGAAGGAGGUUAGGGGCUUGGGUAUAAGUCAGGGAUGCACCACCUGUGCCCUUUCAGGUGAUGCUGUACUGGAACUCCUAUCAGCCCCAGGUGAUGUCAUGGACCUAGAGAAUUUUAGUCCAGCAACAUCUGGAAGGUCACAGGCUUCCCACCUCUCAUAUAACUGCCAGUAUGAAAUGUUCUGAGGGAAGCUGGUAUUGCUUUUCAAAGACCUCAGUAUCUUUUACUUUCAUAUAUUUUGGGAGAAAUGGAAGGAUAACAUUCAGACCUUGAGAAUAGAAACUACUAUUUUGCAUAAUGGACUUUUGAAUAUUGCAUUUAUACAUUUUUUGGAAACUUUGAAAGGAAUACCGGUGUAAACUUAACCAUUCUAGUUCCACCUACUCAUAUUAAUUUGAUGCUGCUCUACUUUUGCUUCCUGACCCACAAAAUCAAUAACCAACUUUUUUUCCUCAGUUCUGUUUUGUGAAGUUUUGUAGGCUCUCCAUUUAAACCAGAGUGGCUGAUAAAUGUGACUCAUAACUAAGUUUUCUGGAAAGGUUUGAAUUGGAAGAUAUUCCUAGGCAAAUUAGGCUAAUUUGGAUAUGGCCAUUUGCAUCAGAGAAUUGCCAGUUUGCUUUGGAAAACUAUUCUGAUGCCCUAGAAUAGGAUAUAAUUUAGCAUAUUUAUUUUACUUAACAAACAAAGCUUUACAAUACCCCAUACUAUAUUUUGCCUCAAAACAGCAGAAGUAUUUUACCUGAAAUAUUCAAGGGCAAGAAAUUAAAUCACACUUAAUGUAGUUUAAACAUUAUAUUACAUAUAAUUCCUUAUUGGAAUACUGUAAUUGUAAAAAUUUAAAGUACAAUAACAUAUACUUCCCUCGUGUUGUAGUAAUUUAAGGUGGGGGGAGGGUGUUAUCCAGUGCUCUGCUUGUGGAGUUGCACUUGUGCAGUGGAACACCCUCUAAAUCUGCUCCGGAGGGUCAUCCAAUCCUCUGGAGCAGAUUUUGAGGCGGUGUGGGGAGUUGUAGGGGACAGGAAAGAGUCAAAAGUUCUUCUGCACAAGUGAAAGUGCUGUUCUAGUGAAACAGCAGCAUUGGAUAUGGCCAAAAGCUACUGAAAACUGUUUAAACUGAAAACCAAAGAAUUAGGCAUACUUGCAAGGCAUGAGGACCUAAAAAAUGAUAGUUACAAUUUUGAAAUUGCCAAUCUUGCCUAAUACUGUAUUUGCAGUAAUGAACUUAUGAAACAAAAAAAUUUCCAUGGAAAUAAUGAUCAGAAAAGUUGUCCGCAUCAGCUCUGAUAAUGGAGUAAGAUGUGGAGAUGUGUUGACAGCAUCUUCAACCAAGUAUAUGUUUCUGCUCACAUAACCAUGUUUGAUAACUCAGGUCUGCACACCUUGCUUGUACUCAGUAGCAGAAAGAUUAAAACUCUGUGACCAAACAGUGAAAAAUGCACCAUGUGAAGCUAAAGUCUGCACCUCGUAUAGAGUAUUGUAAAUAUGUAUGAUUUCUUUUUACAUAAACCUUCAAUCUUUAUUAUGAGCCGGCAUUAAUGUUCCCUCCCCCCAGCCAUUAGAUAUCUUCACCCUUAUUGACCAUGAAGGUUUCAGCAGGCAUUGCUCUCAGUUAUUGACCAGGACAGGCUGAAGGGAUCCCUAGUUAGAUGGCUUGGUUCCUGUCUGUAUUGAUAAUGGGGGGAACUGGUUUAGGGUACUUGGCUAUGCUCCACACUUCAUGCUAUAAAGCACCUACUGAAGAGGCAGAUGCAACAUUGAAUUCAAAGGGCCACUGUCUUAUUUGAACAAUCAACAAAAUUGUUUGGGUCAUCUGUGCAUGGGGCUUUCAGUUUUUUUUGUUUGCUUCCUUGAUUUAACUAUUGCAAUGUACUGUUAAAGGAUGUAUCUUGAAAGCAUCGCCCAGUAAGCUUGCAGAAUUGACCUGCUUAGCAAACAUUUUCUUGGAAUCUCUUCAUUUAACUCCUAGAAGUUCCCCUGGAUACAAUACUUGGCAUUGUCUGAGCUAAUGGUUGGUUGUAAACUGUUUUUUAUUAGCUUCUCAAGCUUCCUUGCAGAUCCUGACUGGGUACAAAAUUAAAUGUGUUUGUUGUCCUUAACAGUGUGGUGAAAGAGUUUUGUGAGUUGGAAUGGGGUGAAUAAUGAUCAACUGGAUGAUGAAAUAUGUCUUCAUGACAGUACCUAUUCCAAGGGUUAAAUGAAAUCUUUUAUUUAGUAUUAAUAUUGUCUAUGAUAGUUCUUAGAACAGUGCAUGGAUGAGCUUUUUCAAGUACUAAAAAGUACUACAUUCAGAUAAGUUAUUGUUUAAAAACAUUAGUUUUUAGGGACACUUGCAGGUAAUCGAGCAGUUGAUUUAUUAUACACUCUGGUCAUAAUGCUGUAGAAAAUACGGCAUAGCGUUUGGGUGGAAUGGAAUGGAAAAUUAUUAUCUGGAUGGGUGUUACUUAAUAUGCCCAAGUUGCUUAACUUUGUGCAGUUCUUGAACUGUAGAAGUAUGUGUUUAUACAAUUACCAGGGUACCUUGAGUCUUGUCUGAAUCAGGAAUGGAAAUGGCAUUGGAAAAAUAUAUAGACUAAUUCAGCUGGAAAAUUCAUAGCCUAAGAUUAGGUCAACGUGAAAUUUAGCUGUCCACUUCCCACUGUGGUCUUCUUCUCUCCAGCUUACAGUCCUGGGAAUCUCAGCAGGGACAGACUUUGGUACUAUGGUGCCUUGAGCUAGACCAAAAUUAGGUGCCCCCUCUCAACUCUCUUGCCAUCCUGGGCUUUGGAAAGGGGGCACGAGGGCUCCAGUGGGGUCCUAGGGCCUUCCCAUUUCUCCAAAGCUGGGUAAGUGUUAACUAGGCUUUGGGAAGGAAACUAUAGGACCCCCUCAGGACUCCCACACCACCUUCCCGUAGCUGGGCAAGUGCUUACUGGCUGCACUUUCUGCUCUGGGGAACUGAUUGUGCUGCCCUGAAACCACCUCUGAUCUCAGUGCUCAGAAGAAGGGGUCCUACACUGCUGCUUUGCUGCAGUAGUGCCAAAUACUGUUUAAAAGUAACUAUAAAUGUUUAAAGUUACUUUAAACAGUAUUUGCCACCGUUAUGGAAAGCAGCAGCAGUGCAGGUGAAAGGCCCCUUCAAGACAUAGGGAGCUGCCUUAUACCAGGUGAGGCCACUGUUUUAGCUCAGUAUUGCCUACACAGACUGACUCUCCAGAGUUUCAGACAAGAAUCUUUCUUGGCUACAUCCAGAAAUGCCAGGGAUUGAAACUGGAUCUUCUACAUGCAGAGCAGAUGAUGUAGCACUGAGCUACAGUCCCACCCCUCCUCAAACAUAUUUGGGGUGGGCAUGUCAGAGUGUACUUGAGUUGCUGCCACUUUGACAUCAGAAAAGGAAGCAUGGCUAGUGAAUAGGAGAAUGGGCUAGCCAGAAGCAUGGUGGAGUUGUCUUGAUGGUGGUGGAUAGGCUUGUCAGCAGCAGAUGUGGGUACACAAUCUGUGGUCCCUGCCAAUCCAAUUCCAAUAAAUAUCUGUUGCUUGUAGACAUAGGUCAUUGCAAAUACAGUAGAAUUCUAUUAGCACAGACAUAAAACAUGGAUAAAUAUAUUCUCCGUUUAAAAUAGAGUCAAAAUAAUAGACAUAACUUCCUGGGGUUACCCUUAGUUUUAGCUUGCUCAAAUUAACAAGUCAUCUUUACAAACCACAGACAUUUGGUUCAGGUUUCUCACACAUGUGGCUCAGUGUGACUCAUGAUGGGAUCAGUUUUGCCCACACAAAGGUUCCACCAUGUGCACAUGCCUUGCAGUAUUUUGCCUCAAUGUUAAGCACUUUUUGCUGAAUAUACCAAGUUUAUUAAAUGUUCAGCAUAGUCAGCCACCUACUUCAUCUGUCUACUUGGUUUUGGUUCUUGGAGAAUGUUAAUCUGGGUGCUAUCUUCAUUUUUUUUUUUUUUUUAAAGUGGGUUGGCUAGUUUGUCCUCGGGGUGAGACUUGCAGGCUGGAACUGAAGGGAAUUGAGUCCAACAUCACUUGGAGGGCCCCAUGGCUACCCAAAUGUACCUGAUUGUCUAGCAUAAUUUAUAUUGUUUAUCGACCACUGUGUCACAAAUCCUAUAUAAGCUUACCUGGUUUUGCACCUUUGCAUGUUGUUGAGAAAAUAAGAUUGUGUGUCUCAUCUAGGUCAGUUCACAUGCAGAACCAUGCCAUGUUUGGUACUAUAGGAAUGAGGCUUGUACUGUUGCAUUUAGCCUGGAGAACUAUGGUUUGCACCUGCCCAGCAAUCCCUUCCUUACAAUCCUGGUCGGCAGGGGAAGCACAAAUAAUACAUGUUAAUUGUUUGAUAUGUUAGAUUUGUAGAAGUGUCCUACCCCCAUGUCCAGAAGGUUCCCAAGUCUGACCACACCCCAGAUCCAUUCACUGAGUGUGGAUGUCUACACAGGGGAAUCUGAAAGUCUCUAGUCAUUGGUUUCUUCUGUAUAGUUACACAUGCUCAGUGCAUAGAUGUCAAGGGUAGGGCCACCAACAGAACUUGCAUGUAAACAAUGUGUGACAGCUUAAUGGCUCUUCUGGGGAAAUUGGUGGAAAGUAUUGUUAAAUAUAAAAUAAAGCAUAUAGAAGAACAAGUCUUGUUGAAGCAGAGCCAGCAUGGCUAUUGCAAGGGCAAGUCCUGCCUCAGUAAUCUUUCAGAAUCAUAUGAGUGUCUACAAGCACUUCACAUAGUGUACUUGGACUUUCAAAAAGCUUCCAGCAAGGUACUUCUAAGUAAAUUUAGCAGUUAUUGAAUAAGAGGAGUGGUCCUCUUGUGGAUCAGGAUUUGGUUAGGUAGCAGGAAGCUACCUUAGACCUACUUGGACAGCUUCCCAAAUGAAGAAAGUGGAGUCCCCUAAGGGUCAGUACUGGGACUUGUGCUUUUUAACUUGUUCAGAAAUGAUCUAGAAUUAGGUGUGAGCAGAGAGGCAACCAGGUUUGCCAAUGAUAGUAAAAAUUGUUCAGAGACACUAAUACAGAAAGAUUAUGACAGGAUUCCAAAGGAUUCUCCAGACUGAGUGAAUGGGCAGUAAAAUGGGGAAGAAAGUUAAGUUAUUUUGUUAUUGCAUAUAUGAAAGCAAGGAAGGAGGAAGUCUGGCAGAUUGGAAAAUUGUGCAUUCAGGCUAGAUGAUUUUCCAUUUGGAAAAAAAAGAUAGCAUCAUGGAGAGGAUCCCAUCCCAUGCUGCAUCCUAUGUCCCCCCUCUUGCAAGUGCUACUGUAUGUGGUUGUUCCUAGGCUUACCCCUAGAUUGUUCCACUCAGACAGAGGCCAUUCUCCAGUUCUUCAUAGUAGUUGCUGGAGUGAGACAGGACUCAUGGGGUAUAAUGCUAUGUUCUAUCUUCACUGUUGGAGGGAUUAUGCCUCACAGCCCCAUUUGCUGGGAAUUACAAGUGGAGAGGCUGUCACUGCUCAUAUUCUGCUUGUGGGUAUCUCAUGGAGAUCUGGUUGGCCGCAGGGGAGUUAGGGGUAGGGCAACUGAAUAAGUUCAGGCCUGUAAGUUCCCAAGACUUGCAGUGCGCUGCUCUGGUUCACCAGAAGCAGCUUAGUCAUGCAGGCCACAUGACCUGGAAGCUGUAUGCCAGCUGCCUCGGUCAAUAAAGCGAGAUGAGCGCCGCAACCCCAGAGUCGGCCACGACUGGACCUAAUGGUCAGGGGUCCCUUUACCUUUACCUUUAAGUUCCCAAGAACAACCUCUGCAAUGGAAUAUGUUUACAAAUGGCAUGCAAAAUGAAAAUUAGUUGCACAGUGGCUAUAUAGUGACUAGAUUUCCACAAAAACCUCCUUGAUGUUUCAGUAUGGUUCUUUAAUCUUGAGAAGAAUGAAAACUUUCACAACAACCUGCCAAACAUAUCAUCUAUUUAUUCCCAAUAUAAACUCUGUUAUUAGCAGGUACACUGAAGUUAAGAUUAUUGUGGUAUAGAGAAGUUUAUGUGAGAGGCUUAGCCAGAAUGGUUUGUGUGUAAGGGGAAAAUCUGAGAGCUAAGUAUAAAGGUAAGUUGAGUUUCAUGCAUUUUGUCUUACUAGACAAAGAAAGUAAUGUAAAUCAUAAUCAGGAAUUCAGGGGGACUCUUACAUUUCAAUAUAUCUAUCACUUUCUGAAUUGGGUGAGUUUCCACCUUUUGUAAAAUAAGUAUUUUGAACCUGAAAGGCAUGCAUAUAGAACUGGCAUUAAAUUGUUUAUAACUAAAUUGUACAAAAUUCAGUUAAUAAAAUCAUCAGUUUAUUACUGUCAUAGACCAGCAGUUUCCAAUUAAUACUAAAUUUGGAAGUUCUUUAUCUUUAAAUAUUUGUUUGGUAACUUACAUUCUUCUUGAAAGUUGCGUCCUCAGAGGACAGAACUCAAAAUAUGAAAGUGUAGUUAGAGGAAAAAAUAAUUGCUACUAAAUUUGCAAAACAGUAAAGGCAACUCAUGGAAGCUAUUGUGCUAGUUUUUCUACUCCUGCUUACAGGACACUAGUUUCCUUAAAGAGUAGUGGUGGAAGCUUGACUUCUCUAGUAUACUUAUAAGAGGAUGGCUGAGCACUUCCCUAUUGAUUAAAAGUAUUCAUAUUUAAGUUAACCUUACUUCAUUUGUGGUAAAGUUGGUUGAAUGGCCUGAAGUGAGCAAGUAAGCCACUUACCAGCCUGUAGUUCUGUAAACUUGUGCAAGAAUCCACACUGACAGCACAUUCCCCUACUUAACUGUUCUCCAAAGGUAGUGGUUGUUAGGCCAUGCUUCUGAGCUUUAUAGGUGCUUUUCCUAACAACCAAGAAACUUAAUGGGCUCAAAUGUUUGUGGCAUUUACAUGUCUAAAUACAUUUGCUACAAUCAGUGCUUGCUUGGUCCCACAUUGUGGGGAUUUGUAGCAUUAAAUUUUAUACUACAAAACUUGUUGCAAGAGGGACUUUGUGAAGGGCCCUUUCAUGAAGUGCUCGUACUAUUGGGAAGCUUGCUAAAGAAUUUAAUUCUUGUCCCCAGUCUAGGGGGAUCCAUUCCAUUGGUGCACAAAGUAAGGAGAUUUUUAGUAUCAUUUCUGUACUCUGCUUCAUAACCGGGCCCAUGUGCCGCAAAACUUCGGAAGUUUAAAAGCCUAGCUUGUUACGUUUUUCAGGAAGAACUUCUGUUUGGUAAUUGCAAUAAAAUGCAUUAUUUCCUUCAGUGGAAUAAUUACCUUUGUCUGGCCACUAGGUUGAGCACUUCUAAGAUGUAAUAUGUUCAAAAUGUACCAUAGAUCAUGAUGCAUCAAACCGAUUAAAAGGGGGGGGGAUCUUUAUUACCACAGGCAAUUUCAUAUACAGGAUAGCUCAUGUAUAGUGUUAAGCCAAAAUAUUCAACAUAAUAAGUUACCCAUAUUUUUUCAACCCUAUGUGUGCUGCUUUUGAUUUUUUCUCUACAGGAAUUGCCCAAGUCAUUCAAUGUCCUGUACGUUGGAUGAACUGUAACAACUUUAAGUGACACAUACUUGACAAGAAAUGAGAGUUAGAGUAUUGAAGGACUUUUAUUUCAAGAUAGAAGAAUAUAAAGAAAACAGAAGAGAAUGCAGAAGAGCAGACUUAUUUUUCCCUUACUUUUUUCUUUCACUUCAGAUUUUGCCUAAUUCCAAUAAAUACUCUGGCCAUUGACAAAUGUCUAUUGUUUCCUUAAUUAAGUAGCUUGAAUUGGAACUGUGGUCCAAGAGAUGUAGAGAUUGUAGUUUUGCAUAAAUUUUCACAGAACAGGAUUGCAGAAAAUCCUUUGGGGCAAUAUGAUUUCUUGACUUCAUGUAACAAGGGAAUGUGUUAGAAAGCUUCAUAGAGUAACUUAGAUUUUUUUAUUUGCAUUGGGUGUUUAAAUUAACCUUUCAGGUUUAAUCAAGAAUUCACAUGUUACCAAGUUGGGGGGGGGAUGUUUGAGGGGUGUUUUUGGAGCUUGCACAUCACCUUUGAAAACAACAAAACUAUUCUUUCCAUAGUUUUGUGUACAUUUAUGUGAAUAUAGUCAACCAGUUGAAAAGAGAUGAAAAGAGUAUCUAUAGUGUAAAGAUACAGUGAAGAGAAAAUACCUUCAGCUUAAAUGCACUUUUAUAAAUAGUAGUCAGCAAUCGUGUGUACUUCCUUUUGUUGUGGAAGAACUGACCCACUCUUGAUUUGCAGCUUUCUUUCUUUUGUUUUAUUUCCUUAUUCUAUAAAUCAGCACAUUAACUGCUAUUAUUUUAUCUUUCUGGAUUUUGAACUGGAUGUGGUUGAAAUGUGAAGGCAAAUAAUAAGAAUUUUUGUGCUAAUACUUCUAUAGUUGAGCAUAGCUUGAUAAUGGGAGUCCAAGUAAGCUCUAGAGUAACUACAAGGGUAAUGGCUAUAUUUUAUUGGGGGUCUUUAAUAUGAUGAAGCAACGGGGGGGGGGGUGUGAAGGUGGAGCCGGAAAAAGCCAGUUGAAAACUGCUUAUACAACAUUGUCUUCUGUUGAAUAUAUUUCCCACCUAAAGCCACCAGGCUGUUGAUUGAAACUUCUGUCAGUUUUCAUUGAAGAAUAUAAUCCUUUAAUAUAUUAGCUGAUAUUUUUCAUUGGGGAUAGAAAGGUAUUGUUGGAAUGUAGGUAAGCAUCAUAGUGACAGUAAUGAUAAAAGGAAGUGUAGAGUGGAAGAAUGGAGCCAGAGAGCUGGAUGUCAAAAUAAAUAAGCAAUUCUGAAAGAAGGUUGAAGGAAAAAGGUAGAAGAAUGAAAGGAAAAUGCAGUUCUCUAAAUGGUAAUGAAAACCGGAAAAAUAUUACUAGAUAAACUAGAUAGGCAAUCUUGCUCGGGACAGAUGAUAUUUUAAAACUCCAGACAUGGAAUCGGUGUGAGAGAAGAUCUAGCUGUGAAGCUUCAGAGCGUCUUGUUCUACAUGUUUCUUAGAAGUUGCACUGCUAGUCCAAUAUGCAGUUUCCUAUUUAGAUUACUGUAUAAUUUAAAAAUAUGUCAGGAUCAUAAUAACUGUGCAAAUGAGAUUUUACACACAAGAGUUUCCAUAGCAAAUAGAACACCUUGCAGAAGUGUUUGUAUGUGCCUGUGCGUACAUCUGCCAUUAUUUGGGAGAGACCAUGACUGCAUUGCAGCCAUGUACAAAAUACUAUAAAGUUGAAUUCUCCAGAUAGGGAAUGAGAUUUGAGAAGCCCGAAAAUGUCUACUUGAGAUCACUUUAGCUGUGUAGUCAGGCAUUUCUAAGUUGGAGAAUUAUGCUGACCUUGGUAAUUUUUUUCUCCCUCUAAUAUGAGCAGUAAAACAGGAAUAUUCCUAUUGAUUCUGUUCUCCAACCUAAUCAGUGUUGGAUUGUGCACUACUUCCCCAGUUUUCUAAGUGGGCAUGAACACAGAACUAUUGCCUUCCGUAUACUAGGUGCUCAGCAUCUCCUCUCCACACACAUACCCUUUGUUAGUGGUCAUUUUGUAAUGCUUGCUUUCGAAGGGCAUGUGUGACUGAUGCCCAAAAGUAAGGAAUGUACACAUACAAUCCCACAGUAUAGGCUGAUGCAUUGAAGUUUUGCUGUAAUCUCUUUGGUUUGGAACACAGCCAACCUAUCAGACUGAUACUAAAAUAACAAGUUGUCCAUCCCUUUUUUUAAAUAUAUGGAAAACAAUUGCUACAUGUUGCGAAACACUUUAUUGAGUGUAUUAUUUUGCUACACCUUCAUGCAGGUAACAUUUUUAUAUACAAAAAUAGCUCAAGUUCUUGAUGUGCACGUGUAUUUGUACCAGGUCUGAGAUAUUUGCAUUGAGUAUCACGUGUAGGUUUUCUGUGUCUCCUCUUGGUUUUAAUAAUUUGAGCAUUUUCUUUUAACUAGAAAUUAUGGAGAAGUCAGGCGAAGAAGGAAUGCCGGAUCUUGCUCAUGUAAUGCGCAUUUUGUCUGCAGAGAAUAUUCCAAACUUACCACCAGGAGGUGGUCUAGCUGGCAAGUAAGUGCAGAAUGUCAAUGAAACUCUUAAUUAUGGCUUUGAAACGGUGUAUACAGGCUUACAUCUUAUAUUGCUAAAUUGUUCAGCCUGUCUUCUACAUGCUAUUCAUUUCAUAAAAGUGUAAUUCAAUCCUCACUCCCACACAUCUGAAUGGAGGAAAGCUGGGCUGGGCUUGUUGACACAUGCAUGUAUUUUAAUCUUCCUUUGUGACUAAUUUAAAUGUAUGGCAUGGGCAUAUAGUUAUUGCUGCAUCUUUUUUUAACUACUUGCAGAAGCCAACAGUUUCAGUUGUAUUUUUAUCCCGCCCUUUCUUCAAGACAUGGCAGAGAUGCAUUUUAGCUUAACACUCUGUGUGGUAGGUAGGCUUGAGGGGGAAGAGUGUGCCCAAGACCACACUGUAAACCUAAGAGCCACUUCAGCAAAAGUGCUUUGGAGCUGUCUUUCAGAAUGGCAGGUGGGGAUGGCAAAUUGUUGAAUGUCUUCCAUGUAGCCAGUGUUUUGCACAUUUACACAACAGCUCAUGAAACAGUGCCAUUGGCAGAAUUUCUGGCCACCAAUUGGGAAGUCUAUAAGCAGAGCAGGAGGACAAUAGAUUCCCGCUGUUUAGCCAUCUUAACUAAUAGAGCAGAUUGUUUACUUUUGUAUGUGAAAACCUGCUCAAAGCAUAACUUAGAAUUUUACCUUUGUUUAGGCGAAAUAUUAUUGAAGCUGUUUAUAACAGGCUGAACCCACACAGAGAGAAUGAUGGGGUAAGUUCUACAUUUGAUUGCUAGCAUUUAUUGAUGCAAGUAAAUUAUAAUAUUUCAGUGGGGGAUGUUAUAACUGUGUGUUUGCAAGUGCAUUGUUCCAUGCCACCAUAAAAUACAUUGAAUUUAAAGGGUUAAUGCAUCCUCCUGGGAUGUCUUGUUCUGAAGAAGCAAACUGCUGCUAUUGCUCUAUACCAGAAUGCAGGGUCACCAAUAUAAGCAUUUCUUUAAUACUAUAUGCUUACAGUAAAUAGGUGAGAGACAGACAUAAAUGUGUGACACCUAAUGUUGAGACUUCUUCAUUUGUUAGGCCUUUACCAAAUAUGCAACUGGUCUUCCUGUUAGGUACAAUUUAAUUGGUUGUGCCAUCUUGCCUAGUAGAAAGGCAAUAGUGUGGUCAAGUGGAUACAUUUAUUUAUUUUAAAUUCCUAAACCACCCUUUGACUAGUAGAUUCCAAGAUAGUGUAUAAUAAUAUUAUUAAUAAUAACAACUCAUUUGUUCAAGCCAUUAAAAAACACACAAAUAGGAACUAUUAAGUAGAGGCCAUAAAAUAAAUGUAAAAUGUAUAAACAAAAUGUAGCUGGGGAAACCCAGCCAGAUGGGCAGGAUAUAAACAAUAAAAUUAUUAUUAUAUAUCACCCUGGUACUGAGAGAUUGUAGUGUCAGCACCAGUCAAACCUCCUUGCUGGAAGGUGUUCCAAAAUUGAGGUGCCACCACAAUAAAGGCUCUCUGCCUUCUAUGCACACAGUAAGAGAGGGGCUAUUUAUGAUUAAGCGAUAUGAAACACUGGUUUCUGUGGGAAUAGUACAGUGAGAUAAUUUAGGUAAGACCUGAUGCUAUGGUUUGAAUACUUAAAUUAGUUUUCUCCCAGUGAUCCAACUGUUUUCUAUGAAAGCCAAUUGGACUCUUUUGUUUUCUACUUAGAAUUGGCAAACUAGGAAUAUUAAUUUCACUACUAGUAUACAGGUUUCAAAAUACUUUCCCAGGCUUUCUUAGCAUGUCUAGAUUUCCCUGCCAGAGACAUGCUUGGCAAGGUGUAUAGGCUUGCAAGGAAUCACAAGUUUCUUAUUUCCUGGCUCCACCUACAUAUAAUAACACUGUGCUAUUUCAGUAAGCUAAUUUUACUAUGUGAUGUAAAAUAGCUUAAUCUUUGAGCCAUGAGUAUUCAGAACUCCCAACAAAGUAAUCUAGGCCCCAAAGAGUGAAUUUGGUAUGCUGUGUUCUGUUUUAGUUUUGGCAUAGGUAUUGUGCUUAGUUAGCUAAACUUUCAUAUGGAAAUGUGGAUUGUAAAUGCCUGUAAUAACUGCAGAGAAGAAUACAGAAUAACCUAGAUGAUGCAUAGUAAAAGGUGUGUUUCUCAAAAAUUGGCUUGUAGAAAUGUGUGCUAAUGUGAACAGCUUAAUUAAAAUGUGCUAAAAGGACACAAUCUCUAGUUUGUUGAAAUAAGCAUUUUUUAAUGUAAUUUUUUAAUAUAUUCACUUGGAAGAAAGUCCCAGAAAUUUCAACUGAAUUAGAUUUUCUGUUCUCAGCCUUGGUCUUGAAAUGCUGUUGGUGAGGUUUUCCCAUUUUUCUUUCCUUCAGUUAUUAAAAAGUGUGUUAUCACAUUGAUCCACAUGAAUACAUUCUUGUGCACUAAUAAUGUAUUCAUUGACAUUUUCCCUUCAGGGAUAGAGUAGAUCAGAACUUCUGUUUUUUGUACUCUCAUAAUAGCAUAGGAGGUGUGUUUUCUGUGUUUCCCAAAGCAAAUGAAACUGAUUUAUACUGAGUCACACCAUUGUUCUGUAUAGCUCACCAUUGUCUACCAGGGUUGCAGUUGUGGGAAAGUCUCAGCAGAAUCUGGAGAUGGUGCUAAUUGAACUUACCAGUAGUUCCUUUUGCAGUCAAAGAAUGUGCUUUUUCAGAGUUAUGAAGCAAGAACAGUAGUUUCUCCCACUAAUGUAGACUGUUCUGCACAGAGUUAUGGGCCCACCCAGCUGCUUCUGACUCUGAUUUUAGGAACCUUAAUUGAGCUUUCCAGUGUUAUGCUGAAUUGCCAGAUUUGGUGGCUCGGAAUAGGGCCAUGGUGAAUGUAGAACAAGUGAGAUAGAAAUUGGGAAAAAGUGCAAGGUUUCACUUUUUUAAAAAAACAAACAUAAUUUUAUUAAUCCAUAUUUUCAAGAUAGCCUACAAAAGAGAACCAUAAAACAAAUAUAAAACAGAUCGAAAACAUCAGAAACAAAAGCAAUUAUCUUAGCAACAAUAAAAAUACAAGAAGCAGUAGAUUUAAAAUCCAAGGUUUCCAAUUUCUGAUAAAGGCUUAAAAAUCUCACCUGCUCUGUGGGUUUUUACAGGCCUAGUAUGUAUUUUCUUUGCUUAAUUCUGUGACAUAAUGGGUGGAGGCUUCCUUGUGUUGCAAUUAAUGCAAUGUUAACAGAUGCCCCACUUACUUCAUUACUGAAAGUUUAUUUAUGUAGCUGAAUUGGCCCACAACACUAAGAAAUAUCUGGCAUUUAUAUCCAUAAUAUAGAAAACAUGACAAGAUCAUAGUCUGAUUGCAGAAUGAGAAAUAGUAUCAAUUCACAUUAAUAUAUGUCACUCUGUGAAUACUACUUCACUGUAAAAAAAGGAAAUAAAUCUGUCAAGGCCAGUUCUCAAACUACUUACAAUACAUUUGACAUAUCUAGUUAUCUGUCCUAAUGGUGUAUAUCCAGAUCUGAGAAAAUCUGUUUUCCUUCCUGGAAACAUUUUUCAUAGGUUUGCUUUUUUUGUGUUCUAAUUUUUUCUCCUAAUUUCACAUGAAUAUUGGGUACCUUGCUGAAUUUAGUUUUGCGUUAGAGUUUACCAUUAGAAAACUGGGAGCACUUUGGAUGCAAAAUUAAUGCAUAAUAGUUCUUCAUGUCAUCUAAUCUCGGAGCAGCUUAGGGUUGUAUCUAGUGUUAGUCAAACUCAGAGUAGGCCCAUUGCAAUUAAUUGAACGUGAUGAACUUUGUAGAGUCAUUGGAAUUAAAGGAUGUCUUAGUAAAACCUAGUUGGCUACAACCCUCAUUCUUGAGGUAUUUGAGACUCAUGAUUCAUGUGAGGAGGUGGUAUCAAUGGCUGACAUUUUAUAUUUUCCUAAUUGGGUAGCAAGGGACGUGGGUGGCGCUGUGGGUUAAACCACAGAGCCUAGGACUUGCCGAUCAGAAGGUCGGCAGUUCGAAUCCCCGCAACGGGCUGAGCUCCCGUUUCUCUGUCCCAGCCCCUGUCAACCUAGCAGUUCGAAAGCACGUCAAAGUGCAAGUAGAUAAAUAGGUACCGCUCCAGUGGGAAGGUAAACAGCAUUUCCAUGCGCUGCUCUGGUUUGUCAAAAGCGGCUUAGUCAUGCUGGCCACAUGACCCGGAAGCUGUACGCCGGCCACGACUGGACCUAAUGGUCAGGGGUCCCUUUACCUAAUUGGGUAGCUACAGUUUCUGACAGAACCAUCAAAGGAAUAGUUGUUAGAAUGUUCAAACUGGUCUUUCCGAGCCCUCCCUGGAGACGGGACCAUUGCAUGCUGAGCAUGUGCUUUACGACUCAGCUAAGGUCCCUCCCCUUUAAUUUUGGCUUGUUCUGGGCACAACCAGCAGAAACCUCAUCAAAAGGAAUGAAGGUAGUACACUGAAGUUUCCUGAAACAGAACAGUAUAUUCAGCUUCUUGUAUUCCAAGAUGCAGUCGCUUUCCUGUGAUGAUCCUACACCUUUUGAGUUGCAUGUGGUCAUGAUGAGAAUGUGAGUUUGAGGUGCAAAUGGGAGAUGGGGCACAGCAAGAAGGAUAAAUGGGCGAAGCUCUGAUGAUAAAAAUGCUUGGCUGGCAGAAAAGAGCUUCUGUAGAUGGACGUCUGGGAGGUUAGCUGUUGGUAGAGGAAGGUUCUGUACUUGAUAGUGUCACACGUCCCUUUUUUGUUCUCAGAAUUGGUUGCCACUGUGUCUGCGCAAUAAUGGUAGUCCUGUGCUUAAACACACAGCACUGCUGCUAUUGCCUCUCAUUUGUUCUUAAUCAGUUUGUAUAGUGUGUUUGGCUUAGCUAAGGUAUGAGGAUACCUUAGCUAACUAUGAGGAUCAGCCAAUGAAAAGGCCUAAAAAAAAAGCCUCUGAAUUAGGUACCAUUUCUUUGGAAUGGGCCAAUUUGCAAUACCAGUGAUUUUGAAUUGGGCAUGAUUCCUUGUUGAUAAAGCCAGAGGGUUUACUGCUAAGCCCUUAUGAUAUAUGUGACUGGGGAAGGACACUUUGCCUGCUUUGAGAGGCAUAUUUUGCUACUUUCGGCUAUAACAGGGAUCUCCAACCUUCUUGAGCCAAUGGGCACAUUUGGAAACUAUAGAAACUAUUGUGGGCACCACACACUCAUCACAACCCCCUCCCCACUUCCCUCCUCCUAGCAGUCAGGCUUUAAGUAGAAGGAUUCCCUCCUUGGGGCAAUUUUUGAGGUCACAACUGUGGAGAGAAGGGUUAGCUGUCUGCCUCUCAGUUACUCCUCCCCCAUUGCAGUUAGGCUUGGUAAAAACAUUUCAUUUGUUCCUGUAGGAGGCUUGUUUAAAGCUUAAUUGUGUUUGUGAAGGGGUGUCACAGCUAGGGAGAGGAGAGUUAAGCCUCCCUUCCCUAGCUGUGCCACCCUCCAUAGGCCCCCCAUGCAAAAGCUUUGCUUGAAAGAAUAUUCUGUUGUCUACAAUAGAAAGCAGCCUUUAAGCCUUAUAAGCACUGUAAUCAGUGUGGGGAUGCCAGCAGGUGCCAGUGAGAGUCUUGGUGAGCACAUCUGUGCCCACGGGUGCUAUGUUGACAAUCCCAGAGCUGUAUGUCUCAUCAAAGAUCCUUUUUAUUACUAGGCACAGGUAAUCAAACAUAAUGAGCAUUAAGAGCCAUGCUGGAUCCAGGCCAAAGGAUGGCAGUAGCCCUUUCUUGCAGUUGUUGCCUAGCAACUAAUAUUUAAAAUACAGGCUUCCCCAGAUACUGGAGGCAUCAUAUAGCCAUCACGAUUAGUAGCCACUGAUGGUUCUCAUCUCCCUCUUAAAAGGACCUAAGUUUAAGGUUGCCAACAAAUCCGCUGGCAGUGAAUUGAGUAAUCUGUGUAAAGCACCACUUUUUGCCUGCCCUGAAUCUAGUUUUAGUGUUCUAAGAAUACUAAAUCUUAAAGUCAUAACAUUCAGCAGACUUAAAAUUAAAGUGCCUUUUGGUUCUUUAACUCUGGGGAUAUAUUUUGAAGAAUUUGUAAAUUAAAACGAAGUUCUUUUCACAAUGCCAUCUGCAUAUCUCGAUAGAUUUGUACUUUUGUGGAGAGUUAGCUUGUACUUGCCUCUGAAAGAAAUGUUACAGUCUUCCAUGAGUGCACCCAAUUGGCAAUAAGUUUUCUAUUGGCAACUUCAUGUGACUUACUCAAUUACACCUAAAGUACCUCUUUCCUAAACAAGAUAAGUAGGAACUCAUUUUACUUAAGCUGUUCACAAUUUUUUAUUUUGUUUUUGCUGUGUUUCAAAGCACCAGUGGUAUAUAAUUUACAUUUAAAGGUCGAAAUUUAUAUAUGCUAUCCAGCCAUCUGCAACUGUCUUGAGUGAACAAAAUGCCCAUGAAAUGACAGAAUAGGAAGAUCUGGUUCCACAUUGCUUUUUCACAAUUAAUAAACUUCCUUUAACCAUAAGCAUUUAGGACACUUAACUUCUAUAAGUGUUCUCCCCAAGGCUCAUUAAGACUGGCUGAAAGUUUACUUCUAGAUCAUAGAACUCUAGAGAUUCUUCAUAGCUUGUCUAAUGUAUUAAUAAAUUUAGAAAUAUCCUAGUUUAACCACUGAUUCUGGGGUCUUGAAUCUUAAAUAAGGACCCUGGCGAAGCCGCAGAAGGUGGAACACAGGGAAAGUUGGUGGAAGCUCUCAGACAAGUGAGAAUUACUCAUAGGGGGAACUACCGCCACCUUCUGGAGGACGUGCUGAUUAGUUACAGGCUAGCUAGAAUGCAGGGAGAAGAAGGCUUUGAUGAAUCGGCUACAGCCUCUACUUCAGAUUCCUCUGAUGGAUCCAGUGACCAAGAGACAGACACCAAAGCAGAAAGUGAGCAGAGUGCUCAAGAAGAUUCUGAGAUGGGCGAUGAACAGGGUGCUAAAAAGUUGUAA